CAACAACAACACGCCAUGACAGCGCGGGCCAGGAUUGCAAAGGUGCACACCCCAGCCAUGGCCGCGCCGAACCCCUCGACCCUCCUGCCGCUGGAGCUGGUGGACAAAUGCAUCGGCUCCCGCAUCCAUAUCAUCAUGAAGAGUGACAAGGAGAUCGUUGGGACCUUGCUUGGCUUUGACGACUUCGUAAACAUGGUCCUGGAAGACGUGACAGAGUACGAAUCCACACCCGAAGGAAGGAGGAUCACGCAGCUCGACCAGAUUCUGCUCAACGGGAACCACAUAACAAUGCUUGUUCCUGGUGGUGAAGUACUGGACUAAGCUUUAGGUCUUUAGAUCUUUCUCUUAUACAAGCCUUUCUUCCUAUAGGAUGUGUAAGACCAACACAUUUCCUCAUUCUUAACUUUAACUUCCAUUCUAUAUGUGAGGAGCAUUGCUGUGCAUUUGAUAAAUAAAAGUACAAACACC